AUGGAGCUCAGCUUAGGAUUUAUCGUGGCUGUUCUGCUGGGCAUUGUGGCUGCUUUUCCCUUUACAAGCCUUUUCAAUCCUACAAGCCUCCAAGUCCGAGACGGCCGACGCACCAUACACGUCCAGAGCGGCCAGUUCAUUCAGAAUGCAAUUAAUGCAGCUUCUCCUGGGGAUCGGAUUGUUGUUGAAGCCGGCACCUACACUGAGCAGCUGACAAUCCAGACAGAUGGGAUUUCACUGGUUGGACUCGGGGCCAUUCUCGUCCCACCUUCGCAUCCUGUUACAAAUAUAUGUUCCGACUUGGCCGGCAAGGAUACGCAGGCGGGUAUCUGUGUAAUGGGGUCUAACGUUAGCCUGGCCUCGUUCGUCGUCGAACACCGUAAGGUUCUUUCGGUGGGUAAGCCGGUUGAGGACGUGUCAAUUAGUGGCUUCCAUGUCAGCAACUUCUCCGGCUUCAACAUAGCAGUGAUCGGCGCGCGGAACGCUCGAGUGACAGAAAACUUGCUCACCGACGGCGAGUUCUACGGGUUCCUCACGGCAGGCUCAAUCAAUACCCAAGUCACCAACAACACGCUGAGCUCAUCAAAGAAGUUAGGGUUCAUUGCCCUCUGUAUGGACAACCUGGAUGGCGUCCAUGUCUCCAACAACCGCAUCUCCAAGUACGACAUCGCACUCUGCGUUCAGACCGCAAGCGCAGACGUGCAACACAACAAAGUCAGCGAUAAUUGUAUGGGCAUUUAUGUCGAUCCCGGCAUCAAAGGCGCCCGGGUCCGUUACAACCACAUCAGCGCGACAAAUCCCGACUGCCGAGAGCUGCCACCAGAAAUUGCCUUUGGCACCUACGGAAUCAUUCUAGACGGCGCCAUCAAUACCGAGGUCUCUAGCAACCUUAUCGAAGGACAGACCAACAAUGGUCUCGCUGCAGGUCUCGCUGUUUUCGACCAGGCAUGUAGCGUUCCUGAGUCAAGCCUCUCAUGCAGUAUUCUCCGCAGGAAGGUUGAAGCCUCAGGCAAUGUGGUUAUCCAUAACAUUCUACGUCACAACGAUGUUGACCUGCUCAUCAACACUACAGGCAGCAACACCAUCGCGCAUAACAAAUUCCUAGAAACGUAA